GGUGAGUGAAUGUGCAGUUUCCUCGCGUCCGGAGCUGAAACACAUCAGAGCAGAUCUCGGGUCGGCAUCUCGGGACAUCUCGCGAUCAGGAGCAUCUGAGUCCUGAUUCAGGACCGGGGGAAGCAGAUAUUUCGGGUUUACCGCAAAUCGUCUUCGAGAACCUAAUGACGCUCUUGUCAUUUGAAUCCUGAUAAACCCUGUCUCUGACAGUUUGCCUUUGGAACGAUUGCAGUAAAUAUUGCUUCACUGCAUAUUGUUAUUCGGCGAAGACGUUUUUAAUUGCAAAGAUGACGACUGAUGAAAGAACAAUAUUUGCCAAACUGGAAGCAUUGAAGGAAAUACGAGCAAAAACUUUACAACUAGAAAAACUGAAACUGAGGAUAAUUCAUGAAGUGGAAGCAACUGAGCAAGAAGAGAAAUGUUUGUCUGAAUACAAACAGGAAAUGGAUCUGUUAAUGCAGGAGAAAAUGGCACAUGUUGAAGAGUUAAGGCAGAUUCAUGCAGAUAUUAAUGCUAUGGAAAAUGUAAUAAAACAAUCCGAAGAAUCUCGCAACAGGGCCUUAGACACAGCCAAGCGAAUCCAUGAAGAGUAUAGGCCUUUGAAAUUAGAUAUUGAUAGAAUGAGACGUGAUUAUCUUGGUCUGGAGAGGUUGCCUGAGCUGCAUGAAGAGGAAGGCGACCUAAUUACUCCAGACUAUUUUGAAAAACAUUUCAAAUCUGAUUGGAGACCUGAGCUUCGUGAUGAGCCUACCCUCUCUGGCUUAGCAUUGUCUCAUCAAGGACCUACUUCAGCAUUUCUUGCACCAUCUCAACCACCUAUUCCUUUAGUUCAGAAUGCUUCAAAGCCUGAGCAACGUCCAAUGCCUCCAGCACCAGGCCCCACACCAACAUUUAGGCAACAGCCACCCCCAAUGAAGUCUUGUCUUUCUUGUCAUCAACAAAUACAUCGUAAUGCACCAAUAUGCCCAUUAUGCAAAGCAAAAUCUCGUAGUCGAAAUCCGAAGAAACCGAAGAAGAAGGAUUAAAAUCGUGUGGAACUGCACUCAAUAUGAAUAUAUAUUGAAUACCAAUGAAUAUGAAUUUUUGAUGUCUCAGUACUCUUUCUGUGUUCUACAUAUUUCUUUCAAGAAAAUGAAACAAGCUUAUUAAGUGUUUUAUCCUGCAUCAUUUUAUACUGGAUGUAUUUCUUAAACUAUGUGCAUUGAAAAUAUCAGUGUAAUUGUGUCUUAGUCGAAGUGUAUAAUAAUGUUAUGUGGAAGCCUUCAGAUUUAAACCGAAUGUCAUGUGUCCAUAUUUUAUUGGCAUGCUAUAAUAGUUGGCAUUAUAAGUUUUUAUAUACUUUUUUUAUUUGCUUAUAUCAUUUGUAGUGUUGUAAUCCUUUUAAUGUGUGAAUUAUUGCUAUGAGGUGAAUAUGAUUUUUACAAAAUUGUUUUAUUAAUGCAUUAAAUAUGACAUUUCUAUUAUAUUUUGAGAUGGUUUAUUGUCAGUUGCUGUUUAAGAAAAUAAGACUCACAAACCCUAUUUAAUUUGGGGAAAGCAUAUUGUGGUGAUUUCUGUCACAGUGUCACACUAGAAGCAUCCCAAUUGUUUACAAACACCCUUGGUAAUUAAACAUAAGCUCUCCAUAAUAGGCUGUCUAGCACUACACUACUCUAGCAACUUUUUGACUGGAAAAGCCUGCGAGGUUAAAGCUCACCGGAAGAGAAAUUUAUUUAUUCUCUUUGGGUUGUGUGAAUCAUGUCCCAUAUGGAAAGCAUUAUUGCUUCAGCUGGAAGGAUUAUUUUUGAAUUACUUUAUGAACAAAAACAACCAGAAUUGGAGAAAACAGAGAACAUAUGUUUCCUUGAUUCAUUAAAGGUAAUACAGAAGGGAAAUUUUCAGUACUGCAAAUACGUUAAAAAAAUUAUUAGCUAGUACCCAGCUCAUGGCUGCUGCAGAAGAAAUAAUUGUGGAAAUAACAUUUGAAAUUUGAAAAGA